AUGCCGCAAGAGAAGCCCAACGUGCCCCCUCUGCCGGGCGCGAAAAGGCCGUGCAGGGGCGUGCUGGGGUCCGAGGCGUGCAAGUGGACUGGGCCACGAGAGGAGCUCGUUGAUCACAUCGUGCGUGCGCACCCAUUCGUUCCACGCUUUAGAGGCCGGGACUUUAUUGUGGUGAUGAAAAAGAGUGGCCGCGCACCCGGUUUCAGCAAGAUCAGCAGCGCAGUAGCCGUCGUUGGGUCACCUGAAGAAGAGCGCAAGUACGACUACCAGCUGCGCCUUUGUGGAGAUUGGCACCGGCUUACAUGGGAAUCCAAUAUGCAAGGGAUAAACUCCCUUGCCCAUUGCAUCGAAAGUGGAGAGUGCCUUCAGUUCGACGUCAGCUCAGCGCAGCACCUGCUGAACGGCGGCGACCUGGUCGUCGAGCUCACCAUCUACGCUGCUUGA